AUGGAUUCUGCCCCCGUUGCUCCGCCGUCACCUCGGCCCAUCGACCAGAGCGUUCACAUUCGUGACUCGAGACUGUCAACGGUUUCCAGUAUCAAGGGACCAAAUUGGCCGCUCGGCGACGAAAAGAAUGACCACUAUGGCUUCGACUCUACCGAGCUGAAGAGGUCCGACAGUUACAGCAGCUCAUCAACAGGAUUCGACAAGGAGCUCAAGCAUGUGGAUUCUUUUCGAUCAUCCUUCGAUGAGCAGGCCCGGAUCCAGGCGAGGGAAGGCGUUCUCUAUCGUGACGGCCACCUCAUUCUUCAACCGGCACCAACCAAGGACCCACGAGACCCCCUCAACUUGCCUCUCUCGCGCAAGAUCCUCGCAUGCUUCUGCCUAUGCUGCUUCGGCGCGCUGGCCGCCGCCGCUGAGUUGAUUCUGGGCGCCAUGCUGCCCGUAUUUGCCCUGGAGUACUCGGGCCUCGACCCAAAGAUUCUCAAGCCGUUGACUUCAAGUGGCGGCCUUCCUAGUGGCAGCGACCCUUUGAAAAUUCUCUCCAACCUACCCGGCGCACCACCAAUCUUCCAGAUCUACCUACUAGCCUCGCUACCCGUCUUAGUCAUUGGAUUGGCUAACUUGAUCCUGGUACCAAUGGCUAUCUCCGUCGGCCGUCGUCCAGUCGUUCUCGCAACCGGUUUGCUUGCCGUUAUUGGAUGCAUCUGGUCCGGAAGUAGCCAGUCUUUGCUGUCGCAUUUACUGGCUCGCUGCGUACAGGCCGUUGGUGCAGGCACUGUUGAGAGUUUGAUACCGUUCAUUCUUCAAGACAUGAUUUUCGUUCACCAGCGAAAUUCUUGGAUCUCUGGCAUCUUCGCAGCUCAGGGGCUCAUCAUCAUCAUUCUUGGAAUUGCGGCUCCGUACAUCAUCAUUGACAUGAGCUGGCGGUAUAUGUACUACAUCACGGCUGCCGGCGCAGGUUUCUUCCUGGUUGGCGUCUAUUUCUUCCUGCCGGAGACCAGAUGGGUUCGAACUCGUGCAGAGAUGAACACUCUAGAUGGUGUUCCUCGCAAAGAGACUGGCCAGAAGCACAUCCCAAGAACCUUCCGGUACAACGUUGCUCUGUUCCACGGCAAGAUGGAAUGGAGGAAGGGCUGGAAUGCCUUUGUCGACACGCUCCGCACCUUUUUCUACCCACAAAUCUUCUUCAUCACCAUGCUUAACAGUGUGAUGAUUGCCUGUGCCUUCGCUGCUGGGUACACUGUCGCUCCUGCUCUUUUGACAGCGCCAUGGUCAUGGGAUUUCAUGCUCCUUGGACUGUGCCUUGUGCCGGUUCUUAUUGCUGCUGUUGCCGUCGCUUUCGUUACUGGAAGUUUCGCAGACUGGAUGGCGAACCGUAUUGCUAAGAAGCGUGGGGCCCGCGUUCCAGAGAACCAGCUGAUCAACUUGAUUGUUCCGACCAUCGCUGGUACCGUCGGUUCCAUCAUGUUCGGCUUGGCUGGCUCCGACCAGGAACAUUACUCCUACAUCACCUUCCUCACUGGCCUUGGACUGAUGGCAUUUGGCUUUUUGGGCGCUAACAGCAUUGGCGCUGUCUACGUUCUCGAGUGCUACCCUCAUCUUGCCGGCCCGGCCCUGGUGAAUAUCGCCUCAUUCCGCUGCUUGCUGGCUUUUGCGCUCUCUUUCAAGAUCUCAGACUGGGUUGUUGAGAUGGGCUAUUUCAACGCGAUGAUGAUUUAUACUGGACUAAUUUCUGGUUUCGCUGUUUUCAUCCCGGUAGUGUAUUACUAUGGUCCUGCUUGGAGAAAGAGGUGGCCUGCCGACCAUUUCGGCGAUCAGAUGUAG